CGGCCGCAGCUGUCUGUCCUCGGCUCGGAUCCAGGCCCCAGAGUCCAGGAAGUGACACCGCUCAUCCUCCACCCGGGAGGCCCUGACCUCUCCCCGGGGAGCUGGGGGGUGAGGCUUCCGCCCUCGCCCGACCUGCGGGUCUGUUCCAAGGCCGGGCCCUGGAGCCCUGCCUUUCUGGGAAAGGAGUAGGCCCGCGCGCCCCCGGUCUGCACAGUCUACUCAAAACUACGGGGAGAGUCUUGACCACCUGGGGCUGCUCAUUCUGUCGGUAUGCCGGACACGGGGAGACGUCUGCCCUUCUGUGACGGACCACUUACUGUCGCUCCUGGCAGAGAAUUCUGUAAGCGAGGAGCACCUUAGAAAUCCCCGCUGGGCAGGCAGGAGCUAGGAGAGAAGCUACAAUGACCUCAGCGGUCCUGGUGGACAUACGAGAUGAAGUGACCUGCCCCAUCUGCCUGGAGCUCCUGACAGAGCCCCUGAGCAUAGACUGUGGCCACAGCUUCUGCCAGGCUUGCAUCACGGGGAACAGCGCAGAAUCAGUGAUGGGCCAAGAAGGGGAAAGCAGCUGUCCUGUGUGCCAGACCAGCUACCAGCCUGGGGACCUGAGGCCGAAUCGGCACCUGGCCAACAUAGCAGAGAGGCUCAGAGAGGUGGUGUUGGGCCCUGGGAUGCAGCUGAAGGUGAUUCUCUGUGCACACCAUGGAGAGAAACUCCAGCUCUUCUGUAAGGAGGAUGGGAAGCUCAUUUGCUGGCUUUGUGAGCGGUCUCAGGAGCAUCGUGGUCACCACACGGUCCUUAUGGAGGAGGUUGCCCACGAGUACCAGGAGAAGUUCCAGGAGUCUCUGAGGAAGCUGAGGCUAGAGCAGCAGGAAGCUGAGAGACUAACUGCUAUUAUCAUAGGGAAGAGGACAUCCUGGAAGAAUCAGAUGGAACCCGAGAGACACAGGAUCCAGACAGAGUUUAAUAAGUUGAGAAGCAUCCUGGACAAAGAGGAGCAGCGGCAAUUGAAAAAGCUGGAGGAGGAAGAGAGGAAGGGGCUGAGUAUUUUAGAAGAGGCUGAGAAUGAGCUGGUCCAACAGAGCCAGUCACUGAGGGAGCUUAUCUCAGAUCUGGAGCUUCGGUGUCAGGGGUCAGCAAUGGAGCUGCUGCAGGAUGUGAGUGAUGUCAUAAAAAGAAGUGAGUUCUGGGCCCUAAAGAAGCCAGAAGCUCUUCCUACCAAGCUGAAGAGUACGUUUCGAGUUCCAGAUCUGAAAAGGAUGCUGCGAGUGUUUAGAGAACUGACGGAUGUCCAGAGCUACUGGGUGGACGUGACUCUGAACCCACACACAGCUAAUUUAAAUCUUGUCAUGUCUAAAAACCGAAGGCAGGUGAGAUUUGUGGGUGCCAAGCUGCCUGGGUCUUACCUGGAAGAGCAUUAUGACUGUGGUAUCCUGGGAUCUCAGCACUUCUCCUCCGGGAAACAUUACUGGGAAGUGGAUGUGGCCAAGAAGACUGACUGGAUCCUGGGGGUGUGCAGUAAUUCAGUGGAACCUACGUACUGUUUCAACCAGUUUACAAACAAUCGAAAUGUUUACUCCAGAUACCAACCUCAAAGUGGAUACUGGGUGAUUGGGCUACAUCAUAAACAUGAAUAUAGAGCCUAUGAGGAAUCUUCCACUUCCCUGCUCCUCUCCAUGAUGGUGCCCCCUCGCCGUGUUGGGGUUUUCUUAGACUAUGAGGCCGGCACUGUCUCCUUUUAUAAUGUCACGAACCAUGGCUUUCCCAUCUACACCUUCUCUAAAUAUUACUUUCCUACCACCCUUUCUCCAUAUUUUAAUCCUUGCAACUGUGUAGUCCCGAUGACCCUGCGUCGCCCAAGCUCUUGAACAUUCCAUUGACUGCACCCAUAUCUGAGCAGGGCCCUUCACUCUGAGAUUCAUCUGUACCUCAGUCUCUCCUUUCUGAACUUCUGUUUUCUCGCAUUCUUACAUCCUUCCCUCAAACAUUUACUCAGUGCCAAAAUAUACCCAGAGGUGAUAGUGGACAUCCCAAAUUAAUUACAGAUCUUGGGAUGGGUGGGGGGUAGCUUUCAACAUGUUACCAUUAAGCAUGAUGUUUGAUGGAGUUUUUUGUUGUUGUUGAUUCAUGGGAGCAAAUUCAGGAAGUUCUUUUCUAUUAAUUUGCUAUAAUUUUUUGUACUGAAAGGAAAAUUGAAUUUCAACAGAUAUGAUCUAUAAUUAUUGAGAUAAUCCUAUGUCACUUUUAUUCUGUUAUUGGAGUACAUUGAUUUGUUUCCAUUUUUAAAUGCAACACAAAGUCCUGAAAUAAAUCACUAUUCUGCAUAUGCAAUACUGGAUUUGUUUUUGCUAAUACAUUGUUUACAUUUCAUUUCCAUCUCCAUUUGUGAAAAAAAUUGACCUAUAUUGUUACAUUGUUGUCAGGUUUUAUAAAAUUCAAUA